CAAUAAAUUAUCAAUCAAUCACAUGAGUUAACCGUCCCCUCGCCGAGACCGCCCCCCGGCACACAACACGGCCGCCGUCUGCCUGCCCUGCCGCGCCGAGGCCUUACAAAAGUGACGUCUGGAUGAGGCUCUAGAGGCUGUGGUCCCAUAGCCUAACUAGCCCCAUAAAAGCCCCCAAGAAGACGUCUGGAUGUGUCAGUCGUGGCGAGCGUCGUGCAGGCGUGCCCCGUGACACCACCAGCGGCGUACAUGUUGGCCUGACACCCCGGAGCAGCACCCAGGAAGGCCCUCCACCUCCUCACUGUCUGCCAUGCUCCCCGAGGCCCACGUCAGCCUGCAGAGCUUCCUGCUGGGCCUGGGCGUGCUGAGCUACCUGCUGGCCUCGUGCGGCGGCCUGGGCCUGCUGGGGACAUGGAUGGGCCACCACGUCUGGGCCUACUGCGGCGUGUUCUUCGUGGCCGUGAACCUCCUGCUGCUGCUGCUGUACCGGGGCGCCGCCUGGCAGGUGGCUGUCCGAGGAUGCCUCCUUGGUGCAUGUUGUGGUGGUGGAAUCAUGGUCACUGUUCUGUCUCCAACUUCCUACCAUGUUUUUGGGUGGUAUGUGGUGGUGCUCACCAUCUUCCACUACUCGGAGUACCUCACGACAGCCAUUGGGAACCCAAAGACCCUCAGUCUGGACUCCUAUCUCCUGAACCACAGCUGGGCCUAUGGUAUCGCUGCAGUGGCCAGUUGGGCUGAGUUUUUCAUUGAGCGCUGGUUGCUUCCAGAUAUGAAAAUGAUCUGGUCUGUGAGUAUUAUUGGAAUUAUAAUUUGUCUCUGGGGGGAAAUAAUAAGGAAGUCAGCAAUGCUUACUGCAAAGACCAACUUCAAUCACAUAGUUCAAAUACGGAGGCAAGAAGACCAUGAACUUGUGACAUGGGGUGCUUACAAACUGUUCCGUCACCCAAGCUAUGUGGGGUGGUUCUGGUGGAGCAUUGGAACUCAGCUGAUCCUUGUCAACCCAUUUUGUGCUGUUGCCUAUGGUGUGGCAUCGUGGUCUUUCUUUAAUGAGAGGAUUCAUUUUGAAGAGAUGACACUCAUAAACUUCUUCGGUGAGAAGUACUUGGAUUACCAGAAGAAGGUUGGCACAGGCCUUCCAUUCAUUAAAGGAUUCAAAUUGCAGGGCCAGCCAAAGCAAAAACAAAUGCAGUGAAAUUAUUACAGCACAAGUUUGUUUAGGUUAGGGAUAGGUUGUAUAUAGAUGUUAGUGUUAGAAGUGGAGUGUAUGUACGUGUAAUGCUGUGUUGAAUGAUCUCAUUGUUGUGGCUUUAAAUAUGACAGGCCAAACUAAUGUCAGUAGGUUAAGUCAAUGUGUGACUAAUGUAAUUAUAGGCUUUGAAAAGGGCUAACCAAAUUUAUAAAGCUUCAUUUAAUCAAUCAGUAGUUCAGGGAUUGAAAAGCUGAAUUGGGAAUCAUAUCAGUCAUAAUUUUAUGAAAAUAUAUUUAUAUUUUGUGUAUAUUGUGCAAGUCGAGUGAUAAAAAGUCAUUAGUUUUAUAUUGUGACACUACAUUAUGAGCACUACUAUGAGAGAUUUUGUAGAAAAAGGUAAAAUUGCUGGCAUAUGCUAAGCUGUGCGUGGUCUUGGUGAUCAUCUUCAUGCCAUUAGCCCUUUGAGCCUGUGGUGGGUAAGAACCCAUCACCCCAGGGACACAGGCUAGUGUGACAUCUGGGUUACCACACUUUACCUUCCCCAGGUUUCCCAGGAACCCAAGCCAUAUUCAUAUUUCUGUAUUAUAAAAACUGCAGGUUAUUGUGCUGGACACAAAUUGGUUAUCUUAAUUUUCAACUACACCUUGAAAAUAGAUGUGCAUAGGGGCUUGAGCACACCUGAUUUUUCUAUAGGUUGAAUCUUUUACAAUGUGGCUUAAAGCCGAGAUUCGUCUGCUGUUUUUUACUUCCACACAGUAGUCAGGUUUGCCUUUAGCCCUUCUGGCCUUAUUUGACAGUCCUGGGUGCAUAUUCCUGAAUUCAACUCCCUGUGUGUUACCUGCUGACAAUGCUCAGCCAUCGCCAAGGGGAUGAAGACUACACGUGUUGUCCUAAUGACUUUACCAAACAGCUAACAGCUUGGCAUCAUGAAUCUGAGGCCAACUCCACCCUAAAGGUGCAGCUAAAUGUCAUUCCUCAGAAAAUUGGCUAUAAUCGUACCCACCUUUGCUUUUAAUAAUACUUACAGAGCUCAGAACACCAUAAAAUUGCAGAUUUCUCUCUGAUUAACAAACUUCCAACUAUCCAUAAAAGAUACAGGUGGCAUAAUAUUUGUUGGACUUCAUUUUUGACUUUGCUUAAAAAUGGAAAUAUGUAGCAGAAAAUACCAAAUUUCAAAUCGUAUGGAUGUAUUACUAUGACUACUAUGUAUGAAGUUGUAGCUCAAAUGUUAUCAGUUACAAUUAAGUCAUUAUGUCCCUGCACUAAUUGAAUAGGGCUAAGCAGGUACCAUAUUUAGUAAUGUGAGUACUGAUACUUCAAGCCUGGUACUGGUAAUGACAGAAGCCAGAAGCUGGGGCUUACAGUGCAUCAAGGCUUCACUGGCUCAGUAUAGACAGCUGAUGGCACCUGGCACAGGGCUGUUGGUUACUCAAGUGGCACUUAAUGACACCACAGUGGUGUUGGUUUCGACACCAGGAGGAGAGAGUGUUGUAGUGAUAGUCGAGAUCAAGCUUCCUUUCAGUUUACCUUCACUAUUCAUUACACAGAGGUGAACCGCAUUUCACGUCUAAUUAUUGACAUGAAAAUGACUGUUAGAUGCGAAAUCACGACUUUUGUGGCUGUGGACAUAGGAAAUCAUUUGGUUGAGACUGAAAGUGUCUGAAAUUUAAUACACCUUUUCUUACUUAUUAGGGGCUCCAUUUUAUACACAUGAGGAGCACUAAAAGUUUGCACUAAUAUAGACAUAAAAGAAACUCGGUGAACACUGCACUAAUAUAGACAAACUAAACUUAAUAAACAAACCUGGAUGGGAGAUGAGAGGGGCUUAAUGGAAGGGAAGGGGUUGUGGUAUCCGGAACUGGUGAAAGGGGGCUACUGCCCCCCCCACCCACACACUGCUGCUGCCUCCACCAUGGCAACAUUGCCUCACUCCUCCUCCAUGUCAACCUCCAACUCCUCGAUGAGGUGCUGUUCCUCCACACUGUCAGUCUGCCCUCAUCUUUCCAUGCACACUGCAGUAAUACAUGAGCUCGGUGUUGGCAAUGGCUUCCUGAUCCGUUGCUUGUGUCACGGACAUGGAUUUCAUUCAGAUGAUUGCAUGAAUUUUAGCACGGAGGGCAAAGCUUUGCAGUUUUAUACAUUACUGAGAAAUGCAGUGCACCUCUGUAAUUCAUACUUUCAUGGACCAUUAAUAAUAUUAAUGGUAACAAUGAUGAUUAUAAUAGUUAUGCUAAAUAAAAAAUAAUGUAAUAGACUAUUACAUAAAUAAUAAAUAAAACAGAGCGCCUGAAAGUCUGUCAGCCUGGCAGUACUUGCCUCGUAGCAUAGUGUUUAGUGGUACCUGUAGCGAGCCGUUUGGUGCUGGUACCAGCACCAUUAAGUGGGUACAGUAGCACCAGUACCGGUACCUGCCUAGCCUUAUUGAAUACUUUAGAAAAGGUGCCCAGUCAUAUGUGUAUAGUCCGGGUUCAUGAAGUAUUAUGUAAUGGAUGAUUAAUAAAUGAAUAUCAUAUUGAUUAUAAAUUAAGUAUGUAUUCAUAAAAAUUGAACAGUGGCCAAACUAUUGUAUUUCAUUACAUUAUAUACAAGAUUUACAAAAUACCUCUAGUAUUUAUGAAAUAAAAUACAUUCACAUGGUCAAGAAAUUUGUAAAAUGCACACAUGAGCAUCAAACCUUGAAAACAUAAACACGAGCACUGAGGACAAACAGCGACGCCAGCCCUGUGCUGCGGCACACGGGGCGCGCCACUUAUGGCAUCACACAUGGCAGAUAUUAAAACUCAAGGCAUCUGCAUAAGACAAUACUUUUUAAUUUGAAAAAGAAAAGCUUAUAUGCAUACACAAAGUCCUUAACAGUUACCAAACUAGGUUAUACACUGCAUUCACACUUAAUAUUUCAUUGCUUAUUCUGGUCAUCAGAAUCCCUAAAGAAAAAAUAUAUAUGCCAACAUUAUUCAGUAACCACAUUACAAUGAAAUAUACAACAUACCAACAAAUUACAUGAUAGUGACAAAAUACUAACCACAUUCUAAAAUACUUCCUUGCUCUUGCAGAGGGGGCAAAGAAUCACUUUGUUCCUCAGUGUCUUCAGUAACAUUCUCAGUCAAGUUGUGAGAACCUGAAGAAACAAAUAAACAUAAUGCCUUUUUUGUAGACUCUAAAAAGAAAAAUGUGGCACAUGUAUUCCAAAUAUAAAUUCCAGUCAAUUCAGGAUUGCUGAUUUUUAAUCAAAACUGGCUUAAAAAUGACCAACAUAGAUAUGAAGACUUAAUACCAUGUUUGUCAUUGAAACUGUGAGGGAAUAGUUUUGAAAUAAUAAAAGUACAUAACCCUG